CUAUCGGUCACCAGACGCCACUGCCAGCAGCCACUAGUAGGAGUACAAAACACUCUCUCCGAGGCGCACUUUACUGUAAUCCACUCGCCCCAAAGCUGUGUCCUGCGUGCGCUCAAACGCCGGGCACCACCUCAGCUCAACUCCGGCCCACCCCCACCCUCACCCUCACCGCUGCUCCGCCCCCAAGCCCCAGGUCCCGGAUCCGUCGAAGCUAAUGGGUCUCUGCCUCAGCAAGAAGCAGCAGCAGCAGCGGCGGCAAGAGGAGCAGCCGCGCAGUGCGGCCAAGAAGAGCGGCAAGGACGCCGGCCCGCUAGUGCCGGAGGUGAAGAAGGCGCCGACGACGGCCAAGCCGGCGCCGUCCAGGAAGGCGACUGCGCCUAGGGCGGAGGAGCCGGCGGCGGACAAGCGGACGGUGUUCGUGGUCAAGGCUGCCGCCGCCGCCGCGGCUGCCGAGGUGGCGAGCGGCGGGGAGAGCGACGGGGUGAAGAGGGCGCCCCCAGCUCCGACCGCGCCGGUCGAGGAGGCAGCGAAGCCGGCGGUUGUUAGCAGGGUGCCGGUGCGUACCUCGAGCUGCACCAAGGAGGAGGUGGACGCGAUUCUGAUCCAGUGCGGCCGGCUCAGCCGCAGCUCGUCGGCGUCGGGGGAGGCGGCUGCGUCGGGCGAGAGCGGCGGGGGCCACCGCAGGUACUCUGGAUCCAAGAGGAGCUACGACUUCGACCGGGAGAGGAGGGCUGGGGGCGUCGACGACGAGUGCGACUGGGACAGGCUGGGCGGCGGCGCCGCCGCGUCGAGGCCCUCGCCGCGCCGGAGGACGCCGGACCGUAAGCGGUCGGCGAGCCACGAGAGCCGAAGCGGUGCCGGGAGCGGGAGCAGGAGGGUGAGCCGCUCGCCGGGACGGCGCGGCGAGGGCGCACCCGCGGCGGCGAGCUCCGUGGGCAUCGAGCGGUUCGCGCGGCAGCCCGGGAAGUUGGUGUCGGUCCCGGCCCGAGAAAAAGGGCGCGCGCCGUCGCCGGUGAAGGCUGCACCGGCAGGGAAGAGGUAUGCGUCGCCAACCCUGAGGUCCAACUCCCCCGCAAGGGUGGCGGCCGUCGCGAAUGAGAACGCCGGGGUGCCGCCGACGCACGGGCCGUCGCUGAGCCGAAGCUCGUCGAGGAAGGCCGAUAACUCGCCGUACCGUCGCAACCCCAUGUCGGAGCUCGACGAGAACGCACUGGCCAACAACCACCACACCACCAACAACGGCAAGCCCCAAAACAAGAAACCCAUCGAGAGUGUCGCUGCCGUUUCACAGAGGUUAGGGGAGCGCUGCCAGAUCACGAAGGACAAGGCGGAGAUCAUGGAGGAGGCCGUGGCGUCGGACACCAAGGCACCGUCCGCGAGGAUGAACGCGACGCACACGGUGAGCAUUGUGGCCGAGAGCGUCGUCAACAACACGAGGGCGGGGCCUGGGUGCCGGUCGUCCCGGCGGUCCUCGCGGGACUUCGACCACAGCGGCAGUUCUUUCGCCUUCAUGGAGGAUGCCGUUGCGCCAGACACCAGAGCGCCGUCUUCCAAGAUCAACGCGACGCACUCGGUGAACAUUGUGGCCGAGAGCGUCGCGAGCACAAAGGCGGGGCCGGUGGGCCGGUCGUCGAGGAGGUCGUCCCGAGACUUCGACCACGCCUUCCUGAAUGAGGCCAUGGCGUCGGAGACAAAAGCACCGUCGUCCAGGAUGAACGCGACGCACACGGUGAGCAUCGUGGCCGAGAGCGUCGCCAACCCGAAGGCCGGGCCGGCAGGCCGGUCGUCCAGGCGGUCAUCCCGCGACUUCGACCACAACGGCAACUCCUAUGCCUCCCUGCUCCUCGAGGACAUCCAGAGCUACCACCAGCAGAACGCCAGCGACACGGCCGCGGCGGCGCCGGCGUUCUCGCUCCCGGCGUGCGUGUCCAAAGCCUGCUCCAUCCUUGAAGCGGUCGCGGACCUCAACUCCUCGCCAUCGGAGAACAGGAGCUUUGAGCUGGACCAGUCGGCCGACGACAAGGGGUCGGCCAACGUGAGCUGCUACAGCGCCGGGAAGGCGGCGGCGGCGGGCACGCACGUCGUCGAGUCCGAGGUCGUUGUCAAGGACGACCUCAUGGAGCCGAGCCUGCACAAGUACGUGUCCGUGCGGGACAUCCGCGGCGAGGCCGAGCCGCAGGAGUCCGCCGGGAGCAACAGCUUCGCCGGCAACCCGUGGACGUGCUCGUGGGAGCCCAAUUCGGUCGACUCCACCGACCGGACGUGGACGGCCUCGCAGUCCAACAGCGACGAUGCCGAGCAGCGCAGCGGCGGCACGGUCGGCACACUUGAACAGUCUAGGCAGAGCAAGCAGGAGUCCGGUGUCCGUCCGCGGUUGGGCUCUGCCGGCAGUGCUCAGCUCGGGCACGGUGCUCAACGGGGCGGCGGCGGCGGCGGCGUCGCGCGAUCCGAUGCUCGGACUGCCUCGGCGAACUCUUCUAGCGCUUAGCAAAAAUGACAAUGCUGCUGUCAUUUUUAUGCGUUCUGGUUUUAUAAACUUGUAGCAAGACGGCUUGCUGUUCUUUGAUUCAUUUGAUAAUAUCUUGGCGACGUACUUGUCCUUGGUAAUCCAAUGACGAACGCUUGAACUAUGAAUAUGAAACUUCUGAAAUGGAUUACGCACCUUCUUGUUUCCUA